UCGACAACUGAGGUAGCUGGUUCAAACUCGUCAUUCAAACUUACUUGCCCCAACACAUAACGACGCAGUUUCCGCUUUACGCAGUCGUGAACAGAUUUAUUGAACUAUAUCCGUCCUGCUAAUAGUCCGGGAGCAGACGGAUCAUGUCGAACACAUCGGUUCGCCCAAUUCCCACUCUGAAGGGCAUGUUUGCGGUGCCGCGCGUCACACAGUCCCGGAACUUCCUCAAGGAAAACAAAGUUAGCCUUCGUUCUCUGGAGAAGACCACAAGCCAAAAGUUGGCGGCUAAAGAGCCUGUACGCCCAAAAUGGAUGCCACCACUGCGAAGGACUGCUUCGGAGGCGCGGGACCCAAAGGGAAACAAAGCUCCGGCUACAAAAAAGCCGAUACCGGGGACAGUGCAGCACACUAGCCACAGCUCUCGGUCCAAUAACCAUCUGGCUAUUGCGAUUCCAGCAGAGGGCGAACGCUUCGAUGGACUAGAGGAUAGGGAUCCGCUCUUCUAUGCUCCCUCGGAGCCGGUGGAAGCAGAAAACCUCCUGGACUCUGAAUCUGAGAAGUCGUCAGAGCGCUGCCUAUCAUGUGGCACCCAUCGUAGCUCUACAAGUAUUGGCAUUCAAACGGAGGACAUCAGAGAUGAACAAUACCUAACCAAUGCCCUUAAAAGAUGCAAUUUUGAUGGCAGAUCUGUUUAUGAGGACUCGCGUCAAAAGUACGGGGAAGAUAAUAGGCGAUUUGCUUAUGAUGGCUAUGAUAACGAGCAGGAGCUGGAGCAAUUACCCUUGUCAGGGCGGUCAAAUGGCUCGAGCGAUAACCGAUUUCAAAUGGCAGAGGGUUUGGAAACCAUGCCAAUGCCCCAAGUUGACCCAAGGGAGGAAGGGGGCUCGGACGAGGAGGCCCCACUUAGCGCUCGCAGUCGCGUAACUAUGGCCUCAAACGUCACUACCACCACUACAAAGUCCAAGCGCCGUGAACACAAAAUGGGAUCCCGUGAUGAAGUUCGUUUGCCGAAGUACUUGGAGAAGGAGAAACGCGAAAGGGCAGAGGCUAAGCAACGCGCAGAGUCCCGUGAUCCUGAUUGUCCCCGGGGACAUGUUUUGCUCAGUGACCAGGAACGCUUGAGCUAUCUCACAGGCGCUCAAAAACGCUACGAACACCUCGUCAACGAACUAAAUCACAUGCCCAUGACUGCUCAGACUUUGCGUGUCCGCAGUCGCAAGGCGGAGAUCGACAGGGAACUGGCCACCGUGGAGGAAGAGAUUCGCAUUUAUUCCAAGGCGAAGGUUUACGUUAUGCCUAAUAGGUCCCGCCAGCUAUGAAGUUGUUAAGCUAUUAAUACAUUUGAUCAACCGACUGACUUAGAUACUACGAUUUCCGGAAUACGAGAGUGCCUUAUGAGACUUAACUUGCGUUAAUUAUAUAUAUUUUUUAGCUGAGCUGGGGAGCACGGACAUCCGCCUAAUCACUGCCUGUUUAAAACCGAGUGUUCCCAGCAGCCAGCCAAUGCAGUUAAAUAUUAAAAGCCGUCAACCGCACUUACCUCCA